UAUGGAACGCACCAGGGUUUUAAUGGUCGCGACGUUCACAUCAACGCCGAAGUGAGAAGGUAGGCUACGCCCCGGGAAGCCGAACGAAGCUCAGUUAAACCGAUAAUAACAACCAAACAGUCACCAGUCAAGCUCAGCACUCACCUUACGGUGUGUAAACAGAUCUGUUGGGCCGUGGCAGCGGGCAGGCCACGUCUAAGUGAGUGCACUGUCAAUACAAAGGACGAAGAUGAAGCUGAAUUCAUUAUCUGUGCUGUGCCUGUCACUUCUUUUGUUUCACACUCGCUCUUCACUGGCUAAGAAAGGUGGUGGUUUUGGGAAAGGCUUCAGCUCAAAGAAGAUCCCUACAUCAAACCGAGGCAGCACCCACACUAACACAAAUACGGGCCGCAAAACUAAUCAGGGCUCCAGCUCCAAGGGUGGAUACCCCAAACAGCCUGGACAGAGUAAUCAAGGAGGCUACCCUCCGCAGUCAGGCAGACCGGGGUAUCCAGGCGGUUACCCCCGACAGGGUGGAGGGUACCAUAACCAGUAUUCAGCACGGGGCUCCCCAUUUGGAGGAGGUUAUGGAAGUUAUGGGGGUUAUCCAGGUGGAUAUAUCAACCACAACCCAAACAACAAAGUCCUGAGCCCUCACUAUGGUGGCAGCUUUGGUUAUGGGGGGUACGGAGUUAGGGGCGGCUCCCCUUUUUCCCAGUCGGUUCAGUCAAUGGGUAUGUAUCCCCAAGAUAAAUCCAGAGGGUUUGGGCGCAGUGCAGUAAUGGCAGCAGCUGGAGGAGCUGUGGCAGGAAUGGCCCUGGGCUAUGGGCUUGGAAGGUUCCCUCGUCCCCACUUCCACUUCCACAGCCCCCAGGAGGAGUACUACUACAACCACUACAUGUAUAGGAAAUAUGGUGUCAAGUCUACUGAUAGCAAUGACUACAGCAGAGACUACGUGUACAGCCAACCCCCCAAGACCUAUGACAGUUACAUGGAUGCGUGCAUGAAGAGAACAGACCUCCUGCCUGCAGAGAAUCGAAAUCCUCAAAACAAACCCGCCACCACAGCUACUGUUGUCACCUCAGUUCGUGACACUGGCACAGGCAGCAACUCAGCUGAGACCAACAGUAUUCCAGCAGAAAACUCCUUAACCUCUGCAGCUUCAACUCCCCGCUCUCUAAAUCAGCCUGAAGCCAACCCUGUGCCUCCAGCUUCACAGGCUGUCAGUGAUGCUGAAGAUGACGAUACAGUCAGCAUUGUGGAGAUCGGCUACCCUGCACUGAUCGAGCAGCUGAAGGCCAGGAGAUGUUUGGAGCUGUACAUAGUUGACUCCGAAAUGUACUUGAAGAAAGUGACAGGCAGGGGGCAGGGACUGGAGAUGGGCUUGCAAGGGUUUUUAGCAGUGGUCACCAGUAUGAUACUGAUGCUACUGAACAGCAACAUGCUAAUGUUUCUGCACUGAGGCCUUCAUCAGCAGGAAAGUGAUGGAGAACAUGUUAAAGAAAUAAUACAGAUAGGAAGUGAUUAUGGUAGGAGGAACCUCUCACAGUACGUUUUUAGGUUUGUAUGUUUGAAAUAUGUGUUCAAGAAAAAGAAGGGAAAAGCUAGACUUGAGAGCCACAGUGCUGCAACAUUAACUGUACUCUGAUAAUGAAAGAUUGUGAUGGUGGUGAGAAAUUUAAUUUAACAUGUUCUCUAGCCAUAGAAAUGGUGACUCAUCUUUCUGUUUUUGUAAUAUGUGUUUCAGAAAACAGUGCUUUUUAAGAAUUAUAUAUCUGUUCAAGGAAACUCGCCAGGGUCUUUGAGGUUUUUUGUCUCAGAGGAAAAAGCAUCUGCGAGUUUGCACCUGUGGGGCUGGUAGAGGCUUUACCCUGGUGAUCUAUUUAAAUAAAUAAAUGCUUUGCAAUAACGGAGAUCAGCUUUAAAUAUAUGAUUUCAUUAGCUCUGGACAUAUUUGUGUUCGAGGACCGAUUCAAAGGCAGAGUUGGAUAGCAGUGAAUGUGUUGAAUAUUCAGUUAGUCUAAUAUUACUUAUAAUACAAAUAUCAGUUCUUUGGACUGAGAGGUUUUACACUGUAAGCAUGACUGAAUAAUAGAUUAUGUCUACUGAUGUCUUCGUUGCUUCAAACAUAGGUGGACUUUUAUCAAAUAAGGGUCAUUGAACCACAGAAACUAAGACCAAAAAGACUUAUUAUUAUUAACAGACCUUCUAAACAGACACAGUCGUAUGCAUACUAUUAUCUUAAUACUCAUACAAUUACUUACUUUGGACUCAAUGCAAGCAAAAAGCUCUUUUACUGAAUAUAUUUAUGAUUUAUUUCCAUGUGUACUGUCCUUGCCAUGUAAAGUAUGUUGUGUAUUUUCUCAUGUUUUUUAAAAUAUAUUUACAGUUGCCUCUCUUCUCUUGUCUAGCCAGUGUUUUGCCUCUCUCUCCUGUCUCCGGGGUAGCUUGUGAUUGCAAAAGUGCUCUUAAAGUGUAAGACUGCUGAUUUACUCAUUCUAAUCUGAAUUUAUAUCUAAGAGCUACUGAGUUAUCUUGCAUUAUCUGCUGAAUUUAUGCUAACCAAGCUUGGAUAUCAAGAUAUGUGCAUAAGAUUUGUACAAUAAUAUUUUUACUCUUGGAAGCUGAUGACUUUAAAAAAAAAAACAAUUUAAAGGUACUGCCUGGAG